UCAUCGAACUUUUCCCAUAUCAUGUCAGAACUCGGGGCAUCGGAAUUGAGCAACUUUUCAACAAGAUUGGACUCUUCUUUUCCAUCAACGUGAACCCGGUUGGCAUGGAAGCACUUGGCUGGAAAUUCAUGGCUAUUUACUGCGGUUGGCUCGGAAUCGAGUUUAUUGUCGUCUUUCUUCUCUACCCAGAAACGCAUGGCAGAACCUUGGAAGAACUGGCCUUCUUAUUCGAGGACAAGGAGCUUGCUGAUAAGGCAGUCGAGGCGGUCGAGAAAGAGAUUCAUCACGAUGCAGUCUAGGACAUGGAGGCAGUUUCAGUAGUUCAAAAAGGGUUCCAUACUUCAGAAUUCUCGUAGCUAGGCAUCUGAAUUUAUCUUGGUGAUAAGGCUCAUUCAUGGCAAGCUUCGUAUUGAAAACCGUGCCGUCUAACGUCAACCCUACAGUAGUCUGGGCCGGAAAUGCAUAGAAAAUCUGGAGGUCUGAGGAAAUACAAUUCCCUUUCCCAGUAUCGAUUGAGGCAAAUGGCGAUAUUGAAAAUUUCGGCGACCUCCCCACACACGCGUGCGCUAGCAGCC